AUGUUAACUGCUGCUUGUUUGGGCUCCAGCACAGUGACUACACCAAGUCAGUUAUCAUGGUUAUGUUUAAUAGAGUGUCAGAAUAUUGGAGUUGAAAGAAAUAUUGACCAGAUAUCUCUUGUAACCAAGUUAUUUAAAGAUGCAGACUUCAGACUAUUGUUGGCCGAACUUCCACCUGAAUCUGAUGCCAGUAUCUUUAAGGAACUCUAUGAAUUCUUCAGAAAGUGUAAUGAUUUGGUUCCAAACAUCACUGAACUUUCUUCAUCAAAAGUUUUAUCCAAAACCACCUUAGAAUUUUUAAAACAAUUUUUGUAUUCGAAAACAGACUUAGGCCAUCUUAUUAUUAGUCAUUUAAUGCAAUAUGAGGACCCAAUGACACCAAAUAACACAGAGUUUAUUACUAAAACCACUGGCAAUGAUUUCAAAACUAGGAAUAAUGAAGCAUUACAAGGACUGUACCUCCACUGUAUCAAUUCCAUCUUGGAUCACUUAGAUAAAACAGAAAUCAAGCAGAGUGAAAGAAUCGCACAAUUUUCAAAACUGCUUGGCUAUUACAAUCCAUCAGCCUAUUGGAAUUAUUUACAGUUACGCCAGCUUUAUACUCGACUGAUUGAGUUCUGUGACAAACAAGACUCUCCAUUAUCUAGAAAUAGAGUUAUUUCCCUUUUAAUGGGUCGGCACACCACUUAUUUGAUAGAUGAAUAUUGUAAGUUGGAAUAUGAGAUAUUGUUGAGUGUGUCUGCUAGUAAAAUAUAUGUUGAUGUUAGACUCGGAGAAGAAGAAAAAUGUCUCCUGGAAGUCUGUAGUGACAACCAUAGAGAAACAAGAUGGAGAAAUAUAUUUCAGUUGUCUAUAAAGAAAAAAAGACAUUUUCUAGAAAUGAUAAUGAAUACCUCAUUAGAGUUAGUGAAACAAGAAAGAUUUAUAGAGUUAGAGAGAUUAUUACAAUGUGAAGAUUUAGUACCAUUAAAACCAGUCAUACUAUUAAUAGCUUGGUCUUAUUGUUCAUCUUGUAAUAUAGCUAGACAGUUACUACAGGUCUUAUGGAAUGAACAUGAUAAUUGUCCACACACUAUUUUUACCUCCAGUUGUCAGAAACUAUCAUAUCAAAUAGAUUUAAUACAGUGGUGUUUAGAUAAAGCCAAACCUUUACUAGAAUCUAGUAGUUCCACUAACCUAGCUUCACAUGAACGUGCUACCAAUAUGUUACAGAAUUUAUCAACUCAUUCUGUUCUAUUUGUUUUACACCAAUCCACACGAAUAUCAGCCUUAAAUCAAGAUGAAGUUUUACAUUUAUUACAAAACACCAGUCAUUCACUUGCCAAAGAAAAAGGAAAAAAGAGUGUUCGAUUUAGAGACCAAUCAUUGAAAACUUCAGGUGACCAACCAAUCAGCAUCGAGCAACACUGUGAUAUAUCAACUUUCAGAAGUUAUUGUGCCUUGAAAAAUGUUAUGGAUAUUUUAGCUUUUUGUGCUGAAAACUUUGAACAUGCAAUGAUGAAUCCUGUUUGUUUGAAAACAUCUUUACGUCCAAAACAUUUAACUCGAAUAUUUGUAACUGAAGAUAAUGUAAGUAGUAGUAGCGAUGGUGAAGAUUGGUUGUCUGCAUCACAAGUAGGGGAAUGUAAACCAGAACUCAGUUCUGAUGAUUCAGAAAGUUUUAAUAAAUUAUACGAAACUAAUGUCACCAAAAAACUUACAGCUGUGAAAGAUCAUUUACGACAGUUACAUCCACUGACAUUCCGAGUUGAAACUAUGGAGAAUUUGUUUUCAUUGUUAUUUGUAACACAUGAAGAUUUUAAUAGUGAUUAUGUUCAGGAUAAUGAUAGUGGUGAUGAGGAGGGGGAGGUGGGCAAUAAAUUAAGCACCAGUGAAAUAUCUAUUCAAUCUGAUGAAGAACCUCCCCCUGUUACUAAGAAAUUUAGCUUCUCACGAUCAAAUUCAAGAAGUGAUAAACCAACAAAACCUAGUCAAAAUAUGACAAGUAGUUUAAAUUAUGAUGAGCCAUUUGAUGAUUCAAAGAAAAACCUGACAUCACAAUCAAUGCAACAGACCAUUGCUUCUCAAUCACCUGAUCCUAUAGACACACCGACCAAAAAACUUUCUAUAACUCUUACAUCCUUACGUAAAUUCAGCACUGCUAAUAAAUCUAGUGACUUUAGUUCUAGUGUAAACUCAAAUAAUAUGAAAAUAGGAUUUCUUGCCAAUGAUUACAUAGUAAGAGAUGUGUUAGCUAUGUUAAAAGACAGUCUUACCGAUCUAAACUCUGCCAAGUUCACGUUAUUAGGAAAAGAUAGUGAAUCCAGAUCAGUAACCACAGAAGUACCAGUUUCACCUGCAACUGAGAGAUUACUAACUCAACAUAUAAAAUCUAGUAUAACCUUAGACAUCCUGCCACAGAGGAUUACACGAUUAACACAAUUGAUACAUGAAGCACAAUGGAGAUUUCAGUUGGUUUGUAAUGACAGUAUACCACGACAAACUGGUGUUUUACUACAAAAACAAGUUAUAACAUCAGACAAUGAUUACAGUAUUCUCUUAUCAAGUUCUUAUAAUAAAAAAGAAAGAUCUAGAAGUCCUAAAAAAGAAAGAUUGGGUUCAUCAUCAGAUGAUAGAGAAGCCGGUAAUAAUAAACAACAGAAAUCACGUAGUCAGUGUACAUCUCUAUCAAGUGCACCUUGUCGCAGUAUUGGUAUUAUACAGUUAAUGUUAUCUUCACCAGAUUCCUUACUCUCUAUGUGUCUUAGUAAAGGAAACUUUGGGCAGGCCACUCAAGUUGUGAAGUUGUUCAAAUUAGAUAAAAAAGAUGAAACUGCAGAAGUUCAGUUUUCAGAUUCAUACAAACAAGCUGCUGAUAAAUUAAGUACCUUGAUUGAAAAUCCUGAAAAAGGUUCGACCUCUUCUAAUCGCCCUGGUACAAUGAGUAUUAAAGCUCUAGCUAGUGUGGCUGCUGCAGGUGUGGCAUCUGCUUCUUUAACAAAUAUCACAGAUGACUUGUUAACUUUGACCACUGUUCCACCAUUCCCAAAACCAAAUGUGCCAAAAACACACAAAUUGUUAUAUUUUUUCACUGAUGUGACUGUCUCAUCAGCCAUUUUAAUUGAUUUACUUUUGACUUCAUGUAAAAAUUGGGACUUGUGCAAUAAAAUGUGUAAUGUGAUAAAAUCCAAAAUCAACAUGAAGCUGGUCAUGGAGGGUGAUAAUGUUAUGAAUAGUGAAAUACCUGUAAAAGGUUGUGUAGCAUAUUUUGCAGAGAUUUUAAAAGUGCUAGAAUUAGGAUCAGAUAUAGACAGUCAUUAUCAUAUGGAAAAUAAUCCCAAAUCCAACUUGAAUUUAAAACAGAGUGUUGUUGAUUUAUUAUUGAAUGCCACUACACCAAUAUCAGCACAGAGACUUAAGAAAUAUGUUGGAAUCAAAGAAGAAAUUCGACAAUCAUUAGAGAAAGUUGAAACAGAAAUAACUAUUCUAGAAAAUACAAACGCUACAGAAAAAUCUCUGAGUUUGUCUCGUACUCCAUCACCCCAGACAUCUCCACGUCCUUCCCCUAUGGGAAGUGUAUCAUCACGGAGCAGUAUUAAACCAGAACCACCCUCUAUACAUACCGCUAUCAAACAACUAAUAUCAUGUAUGGAAAGUUAUUUACCUAGUGGAGGUAUUAUCAAAAUUGUUAAAAGGUCAAGCGAAUCUGAUGUUGUUUCUAAUAGAAAUUAUUUGUUAAGUUUAUAUGAGCAUGUUAAAGAAUUAGCCUUUUUAGUUGCACAAAGUGAAUGUAAAUCUCAAGAAUCAUUGGUGCUACCUCAGAAUUAUUUUCUCACGUUGAAAGAAGGACCAAUCUUAAUACUGGGAAGAUUAAUGUUUAAUAAAAAACUACAACCAUCAAAGCUAGAAAAGGUAGCGGCCAAGUUGAGUUUAAAUUUAACUCAUAUCAUAGUUCAUAGUUGUUGUCCUAGAAUACCUAGUAAACAUUUAAUACCAGUUAUUACUCCUACUUAUAGUAACAUAACAACACUGGCAAGUUGUAAUAUAACUAUAUACAACAGUGGAGAAUUUGAAAGUUCUACUGAUGACCCAUUACUAUUAAUAACAACUGUUCUCUCUUCUUUACUUCAAACUUUAAAAGAGAAAGCUGAAAGAUGUAAUAGUAAAGGAAUAUUUGAUAUAAGCUGUGCUAAACUCUUGGUUCAAGACUCCAGUUUUGAUGAUUUAUUUAACACCACAAAACAACUUCAGUCUGUAGAUUUGUCGAAACUAGGAAAGAAAGAUGAUUUGACCUGUUUUUAUAUCAAUCUACAGAAUUUAAUGACAAUUCACAUGCAUUUAUUGUUUAUUCAUCAUCGUUUACAGAAACAGAAAUGUUUAGAGGAAGAAGAAAGUCAAUCUAAUUUGUUAAAAGAUGAAGAUAUAUUUACUAUGUCAAGUUUAGAUAACCUAAUUCAACGACAACAAUUUUACUAUCAAAUAGGACAGCUAGGUGUUGUUAGUUUAUUUGAUGUUAAAACUAAGAUAUGUAAUGAAAAGUUUUUACCAACAUUAGAGAUUAGUAAUAUACCUGUAGCUAGUUACAAUUUAAGUAGCUAUGAUCCAUGGAGUUUAUGCAGUCCACCAACUGAUGAAAGAUUAAUUUUUUUAUAUAUUGAUGGGUGUGUCUCUUCACCAUAUCUACAGGUUGUAUAUGGUAACAGUAUAAGUAAUCAGCUACAGAUAACAAUGAAAGAAUAUAUUAAUCAUACUGUUUAUAUAGACCUAGACAAAAAACAGGUAACAGUAGGGCAGUAUUUAAUGUGGUAUAAAAACUCCUCCUCUAAACGAACCAAAUCAACUUACUCUAUGUUUAAAGAAGUGACAGAUUUUAUAUUGAAUUAUUUAGAUGGUCAUAAAAGAGAUGACUUACAAGAAUUAAUUAAUCUAGAUGUUAAUGACCGAGGUUCUACUGAAAAUAUUGAUGAAGCUGGUAGAAAAGAAUUACCCUAUGAAGUUGUCAUUCAGCCUUUUAAUCCUGAAUUCUCUAUUAUAUUUACAUCAGAUGGUUUACCAUCUAUAGACUGUCUUUAUGUUCCCCGUUCAAAACCACAAACAUUCUCUCGGACGGAGAAUUCUGUUGAAAGUUUAUUGGAACGGCCAGCAUCAUUUGUAGAAAAUCCAUCAUAUUUACUUACUCCCACUACAUUAGAUUAUAUUAAAAAUGAUUCUCUACUAGUAGCCACUAUGGUUAGUUUAGUAUGUGCCGAUGAACUUGAUGAAAUAGACACACAUUUUACUGAUAAUUAUUUCCGUCAAGAAAGCGUACCUCGUGAUCGCACCAUGUCCGAUAUAAGCCUUGUAGACAUCAGAAGUUACAGAUACCAACGAUUAACAGAUGAUUUUCCAAUCUUACAGCGCCAUCUAUUGAAUUACAUUCUACCAUUAGCAGGGGCAGAUAACCCUGAUAUGUCCAAUAGUGGAGAUCCUAUUCUAAAAUUUGUUACAAAUGAUAUAGAUGAGAAAGUAAAGUUAUGUAUGUUCAGUCUCCAUGACAGUGUUCAAUUCCAAGAUGUAGUGAAUGAAUUAAUUCUACGUUUUAUUCAAAAUGAAAACUAUUUAUCAGUAUUAGCAGUAUUACAGAGCAUACCGGAAAUCUUAAUGAAGGAAAAAGUAGACUGGAAAAUACUCCAUGACUUUAGUCUUGUUAAUUUAGUGAGCCAGAAGUGUCAGAGACCAAACUGUGAUAACAAAGUCAUAAAUUUAUUACGUUAUUUUUAUUCUAAAUCCACUCAGGUUCGGACUAUUUUAUCAGUUUGUAAUAAUCUACCUGUAGAAACAGGAAUAGAUCUACUGGAACUAUGUUUAAGUUAUGAACUCAGUUCAGAAUUAGUGCCUCUGGUAGAAAAACAACUUAAAAUACUGCACGUGUAUGCAAAGAUUAUUGACAGUGUUAAGAAUUUACAGUUUAAAUUGUCCAUGCAGACGUCAGAAUUUAUCAGUUUAGAAAAUCAAGAUUCAUUGAAGAGUUAUCAUUCAGCUCUGGCACCAUUUACUGAUUGGCAUUAUUUAGUCAAGACUUCUCAGGAAUCACCUAAAGAUGUACUCGCAGUAUUGAUGAAAACUGGUGUUUACGUAACAGCUAAAGAAUGGGCUGAAAUCAACAACAUUCCUAAACCAUUAAAACUAGAUAUACAAGAGAGAUAUUUAGUUUCAUUGUUAACAUCAGAUACACCCAAUUCUAUCAAAGCUUUCCAGGUUUUAGAAGAGUUAAGAAAGGAGACCGAUGAUAAAACAUGUUAUACAAUAUGUGAUAAUUUACUACAUAAACUUUCAGACCAUAAACAUAUAUUAUUUUUAACCAGUUACAUGUUAAAUCAGUUAAAAUCUGUUGUACAAGAUAAUAUAGAGGAUCUACAACUCAGACAUAUUGGAGCUAAGGCUCUUCAAAUUGUGCCUGAUUUUUUAAGGGGAGACUACUCUGGUUUGAUAACAUCACCUCAUCUGAUAUUAGAACAGCUGCUGAUGAAUAUGAAGGCUGAUUUAGCUGGUCAAGUAUUCAGUGAAAUUAAAACUGAGUUUUUAGCCAUUAAAGAUGAGAAGUUAAGGGUAACAAAUGAAAGGUUCAAUGAAAUGUUGAUGAAAUAUGCUAAAUUAGCUGUAGAAAUAACAGUUGUACAAAUAGAUCCAGAACGUGAAAGAACACAGAGUACAGAUUCUUAUGAUCCUAAAAGAGAGGAAUCUGAUUUAACCAAAUCUUUCAUGGAAUCUGUAAGAAUCAGGAGAAGAGGCUUUGAACUUUCAGUUUCACCAAGAACUAUGACACCAAGUCCAUCAGCUAGUCCUAGAAGGAAAAUAUCCAAUGUGUAUUUGCAUCCUCCGAUUCUAGAAAAUACUUCUAGUACACCAACAUCUUCACCUUCUAAAUUUAUUAUGCCCUCUCAACCCCCACCUCCAGAAAAAUGGGUACCAGAUUCAUCAGCUUCAGUUUGUAUGGUUUGUGGAGUAGAAAGAUUCAGUAUGUUCAACAGAAGACAUCAUUGUCGAAGGUGUGGACGUGUUGUUUGUGCUGCUUGCUCUACCAAGCGAACAAUGGUACAAGGUGUUUCAGCUAGAGUUUGUAAUGAUUGUUAUCAGCAAAUUUUUGGACCUGUAAAUGUAAAGCCCAAGGAACCAGAAUUUUACAGUAGUGGUAAAACUCCAGAUAGAUUGUCACAAACUAGUGGAAGUCCACCACCAUUUUCAUCUAGUUACAACACUGUAACCUCCCCUAACCAAGAUGGUGGAGAGGUUAAUAUUAGUAUGAAUAUAGCAGGGGAAAGUGAAUGGAAAUUGAAGAUUGAUGACGAACAUAAUAAAUUUAUUAGAGAAGAAUUUUACUUUGAACAGGCUCCAAGUGUAUCACUGAGUAUUUCUAUAUUAAAUCACUAUAGUAACGUAAGAGAGUGUGGUCAUAUAUUAUUAAAGAUAUGUGAUAAUUUAUCUAAAUAUUUACAACCCAUUUCACCUGGUGUCCCUAAUCCAGAGGUCGACUAUAAUCUUAUCAUUAGUAUGAUCAGUCAGUUGUUGUUUCAAGCUAAGAUGAAGUUUUUAAAGUUAGGAGAUAACAAUGGUAUAGGACAAUGUGAUAUGUAUCAGACACGAGUUGAUUUAUUAAAGAUAUUAGUAGAAUCUAACUAUAGAAAUCUACCAACUAUAGAACAGUUAACUAAAGUAGAUACUGUCAGGAGAUUGCGUGAUAAGUUAAUUAGUAAUGAAAGAUUAGGAUUAGCUAUGGAAGUAUCUACUAAAUGUGGUUUAGAUCCAACUGGUGUAUGGUCAGCCUGGGGUAUGGCUUUAUUACAAUGUGGUGAUUACACUGCAGCUAGAGAAAAAUUCAGUCAUUGUCUAAAACUUCCAAAAGAUAAAAAUCAGACUGGUACAUCUUCUAGAUUACUGCAGGAAAUUAUAGAUCAUCUAGAAACUUUACCAGUGACAGGUGCUACAGAGAUCCAGAUGUUAUUAUCAAGUACUGCAUCUAUUAAAACUUUAAUAAACAUGCCAGCUUCAACGUCUGUUGAAGAAAGUAGUAUGGAGACCAAACAGUUUCAGGAAUGUCUAUAUUAUAUAAAAACAUAUGGUACCUACUUGGAAUUACUAGGUAUGCUACGUAGAAAUGGAUAUUGGAUGAAAUCAGCAGAAUAUGUCUUACAACAUAAAUGUAGUAGUGAAGUGUUUAUACAAGGAUUGUUAGAACCAGCGUUAAAGGCAGGAGAUUUAGAGAAAUUACUAGAUCAGAUGUUGAUGUUGGAUAAAUCUUUAGAUAAAUGGAAUAAUUAUUUGACGGCUACUUGUCGAUAUUUAUUAAAACAACAUUAUCAUCAUGCUUUAUACCAAAUACAGAUCUUUAUGAAGGAUUAUCUGAGGGCAGCCAUGACCUGUAUUACACAUUUUUAUCAACAAGGCUGUCAGAGUUAUCUGGACUUGAAUAAACAUAUACAAUAUUUGUUCACUGCACAACAACACAUGCAGGCUUAUCUUGAUCCCAGUAAAUGGGGCAGUGUUAAACAUCCAUUCAAUAGUACAAGUGGUAAAAAAGGAGUAGAUUGGGGAAAGUCAACACCAGAAAACACAGUUAGAUUAUCUUUAACAACUGAUGAAGUUAACAAACAUAUUCGGACCAUAGCUCUUCAAAUUGAAAUCACACAGUUUUUAGAUAAUUGUUUGAAGAACCGUGAAGGUGAAUCAACUAAUCUUGCAACAAGCUAUGUUGUAGAAUCACAAAAAUCUCAUCUACCCUCAUUAUUUGGUAGUUCUAAAAUCAGAACAGAUCUUGUGACCAUGAUAUUACAGAGUGGAAGUAGUGUAAAAUCAGGAUUUGAUCUGUCUAUCAGAAUCAUUAAGGAGUGUCGUUUAUCAACAACAGCAAUUUUUACCCACACAUCCCGUGAAUUAGCUAAACAUCAGCAUUAUUCCAGUAUAAGAGAAUUACACAAUUUAAUUAAUCAAGCUGGUUUGGGUGAUGAAGAAAGUUUAGAUGAAAUAAUUAGAGCUGCUUUAUUAAUAUUAGCUGAUAAUCAAGAAGAGGCCAAAGAGACAGAAAAUUUAAUAAAAUUAUUAAAGAAAGAUACAAAUAAAAUAAAUGCUUAUAUCUUGUGUGGAAAACUAAGGUCAGCGUAUCUGUUAGCUGUGAAAGGAGAGAGAAUUGAAGAUGUACAAAGAAUAGCUGGAGCAGCACAACGAACAGGCCAAGCUGCUGUUAAAAAUAUUUGUACAAAAUGGCUACAACAGAGAAAAAAGUAAUAACAUUUGUGUUCUGACUCUCAGUUUAUGAUAAUUAUAUGCUAGACGAAGUGAAAUGUGUAGUUAUUUUUUUUCUACAAUAGAGGAAGAAAAAGACGUGUAAUAUUGUAUAUAAAUUCAGCUUUGUAUUUAAUAAGCUAAUUGACUAUAACAUAGUACUUUAAUAGCUGUUGUGAUAAAGACAAUUUUAUUUUAUAUCAAUGGGAAACUGACAGAUCAAUACAAGUUGUGUUACCUAUUAUAUAUUAAGAACCUAACCCACAUAGCAUUGGCUAUUUUGCUGGAUUUGAAUGUCAUCAACUGAUUGGUAUACAUGAUAUAAUCUAUUUAUACUUAGUGACAGUUAAACAUACUGUUCCAAAACUACUAGGUAUCAUAAGCACUAGUCACGAUCUACUACCAAUUCAUUGUAACAAAAAAUUAGUAACAAAAACUAUCAUCUAAACCCUAUGUUUAUAUGUCAUUGUUGAAAUUGGCAGAGUUUUUUCAAGCUAUCAGUGAAAAAAUUCUUUUAAAAUUUACUAUAAUACAAUGAAAUUUGGUUGUGACUAUCAUUUGAUCAGGUUUUAGUUCAUCUGAACUAACUGAUUGUUAUUUAAUUGUUUAUAAAUUUUAUUGUUGAAUGCAUGCAUGAAGAUUUUUGUUAAACUGAUAACAUUUUGUAUAAUUCAGAAAUUAUUUAAAUAUAAUUCUACAUUACCAU